GAUAUUGUCCGGCAGACUGGUAUUUCUACAACGAUUUCUGCUAUUUCGUGGAUGAAGGAGACGGGGUUACUUAUGCCGAAUCACAACAAAACUGCAACCAGAAGGGAGGCAAGCUUGCAAGCAUCCACAGUACAGAGGAAAUGUCAUUCAUAGAAUUGCACCUUCAAGCCAAUGACUACUACGUGGGACUGACUAGAAAGGGAACUGGAAUUAAUGAUUUCCAAUGGACAGACGGCACACAGUAUGAUUACCACAAUUGGGAUAUUGGAGAACCAAAUGACUAUGGUAACGGCGAGGAUUGUGUUCAUGUUAGAGGGCCUUAUACCAAUCCAUCGGGUGUGUGGAACGACAUCUCGUGUGACAGAGAGUAUGCUUCUAUCUGCAAAAAAGCAGCAGAUGCGACAACUCCACCCCCUCCGACUAAUCCACCUAAUGUGGCAUGUUACGAGCCUUUCCAGCAGUAUAAAGGCAAUGCAAUAGUGACGGUAGAUGGGGAUCUCUGUUACAAUUGGAAAGACGCGAACAGAGAGUACAAUCCUAUCGACUACCCCGAUAAAGAUUUAACGGAGAACUACUGUCGGAAUCCAAACAAUGCUGCCAAGCCUUGGUGUUAUGUGGACUUCGGUUUUAAAGACUGUGAUGUUCCUCAAUGCGACGCUCCUGUAGACUGUUAUGAAGGUGAUGGGUACUUGUAUCGAGGAAAGGUGGCCCAGACUCAGAAUGGUAGUAAUUGUCUGGCUUGGGCCUCGCUUGACGAUUCAGCUUAUUACAGACCUGGUAACUUUCCAGAAGAAGGUUUGGAGGGAAAUUACUGCCGCAACCCAUCCGGGAGCGGAAGCGGACCAUGGUGCUACUAUCACAAAGACACAUUUUGGUACACGUCUUCAAGUUGUGGAAUUCCCAAGUGUCAGACUACUGGUUGCUACGAGGGAAACGGUGCCAACUAUAGAGGGACGGCGAAUGAAGGGGAGAACGGGAAUACAUGUGUUAAAUGGGAAGACGCGACAGCCCAGCCAUACAACCCUACGUUAUAUCCUUUAGCUGGUUUGGAUGAUAAUUACUGUCGCAACCCAAGCCAAGACACAGAGCCUUGGUGUUACGUAACCGACGAUCAACAGGGUCUCGUGCAGGAGUAUUGUAUUGUGCCACAUUGUGCCACUGAAGUUGGAUGCUAUGUCGGGAAAGGCAUGUCGUACCGUGGAAACGCCAAUUACGUCACUAUAGGACGAACUUGCUCUGACUGGGUUGAUUUUAUCAACGAAUUUUACCCUGUACCACUUCAAGAAUUCUCGAUGCAGAUGCACAAAGCCAUCACGGGGGCGGCAUCCGGUUUUAACGGAAAAACUCGCGAUGAGUGUGCCUACGAGUGUCUCAACCACAAGGCCUUCUUCUGUAAGGCAUUCAAUUAUUACACAGGUACUGGUGGGGAUGACUCAGUAUGCACCUUGAGUACCAUGAACGGGGCCGAUGUGGAGCCAGUAUACGAUCCGCAACAGGACUAUUACGAGAGGAAUCAAACAUACGGGCUGGAGGAAAACUAUUGCCGGAACCCAAAUGGUGCGAUGGCUCCAUGGUGUUACUUCUAUGACCCGAUUCACAACCAAAAUGAUUCCUCAUACUGCGGCGUCCCAGAAUGCAAUCCUGAAGAUGUAGGAUGCUACGAUCCGCGGGUCAGGGGUACAGCUUACCGUGGUCCGGCCCGCACCACAGUAUCGGGUCACGUCUGUGUUGAAUGGAAGGACACAUUUUAUACUCCAGAUAGAUAUCCAAAUGCAGGUCUGGAUGAGAACUAUUGCCGUAACCCAACUCUAGCAGGAAUGGAUGCACCAUUCUGCAUGUAUCAAGGAACUCACGGCUUAUCGAGAGAGUUAUGUGAUAUUCCACAGUGUGAUAUAGCAGAGAUCUGCGGUGGUGACGGAUGGACAGCAGACCCUACUGAAGAGUGGUGUUAUAAGAUAGACAAGGAUUUAUUGCUAAGUUUUGACGAAGCCCAAGACGAAUGUGAGAAGGAGGAUGCCAAUCUCUUAAGUAUCGGAUCCGAGGCAGAAUCAAAUCUUAUCGUUGGCAUGCUCUCUUCGGAGGAGGUGGAUGGUUUCUGGAUAGGAGCUAAUGAUCGCUUUCAUGAGGCAGGCUGGGAAUGGACAGAUGGCAGUCCUUUCUCUUACUUAAAUUGGCAAUCAGGCCAACCCGACAAUCUUAUGGGUACCGAAGAAUGUGUAUUCAUGGCAAGAGGAAAUGGGAUGUGGUCCGAUGAACAGUGUGAUCUCACGUUUCCUCACAUCUGCAAGAAAAGGAGUCAGAGCAGCAUUGGAUCUUCUUCUGCACCAACAACCCUAGCUCCAGGGUCUCUGUGCCCGAUGGAUUGGGCAGGCUAUGGUUCUCACUGUUACUUGGUGCAGCGGGACUUUGUGGCAUGGAGUAAGGCUCUGUCAAGUUGCGACUUACUGGGUGCUUCCCUCGCCACUGUCCACAGCGAAGGCGAGAUGACACACAUCGCUAGUCUGAUAUCAAAAGAGAGCCGUCAGUACUAUUUCUUUGGAGCCAACGACAUUCAGAAGCAUGGUACCUGGACGUACGGGAAUGGGACCAAAGACACACAGCUCACCUACCUCAACUGGGCAGAUGGACAGCCAGACAAUGUAGGAGGCUCUGGCGAAGACUGUGUUAGUAUGCAAUACGUAUAUAACUGGUUAUGGAAUGAUGAGGUGUGUGAGAAGAAGUUCCAGGUGGUCUGUGAAUACGAGAACAAUGACGGUGACGCAAGCUUAGGCCGAUACACAGCUCAUGUUGAUACCAUGACCUACGCUGAAGCACAGGCCCACUGUGUGAAGUAUGAUGGUUCCAUGGCAACCAUUAACAGCGAGAAGGACCAGGAAGACAUGGUCUCACUCCUAAACCUCAUGUAUGAUCCUUUCAAAUCUGAUAUCUUCUGGCUUGGUGUGAAUGAUAUCAACCAGGAGGGCAAAUGGGUAACCGGUGGUGACCCUGAUAGUACGACCACUCAGACCUUCUUCAAAUGGCGUGAAGGCGAACCGAACAAUUACAUGAGUCCUGGAGAGCACUGCGGUCUCAUGGCACCUGUUGACGAAUCCGAUCCUACGAACUACCUAUUUGAAUGGUACGACUGGUCAUGUGACAAUGCUGAGAGGUUCAUCUGUGAAGACAUUGACCCUAACAGUAUCUAUGGGGGAUCAGGAAACCAUCGCUAUUCCGUUGUGAACGAGGCAAUGACAUGGUCUCAGGCAGACGCCUACUGCAGGUCGAAAGGAGGUGCUUUGGCACAGGUCCGGACUUCACCAGACCAGCUGCACGUCAUCAACGAAAUGUUGUCCGAUAACAGAGAGCAACUUCUAUCGAGUAAAGGGGCUUGGAUCGGGCUAAAUGACCUUUCCCAUCAGAUGACCUUUGAAUGGGCCGAUGGGUCAGAUGUCACUUAUACCAACUGGAAUGUAGGAGAACCUGAUGACUUCACCGACUCUCAGGAUUGUGUCUUCGCGUUUUCACAGAGUGGGAAAGACAGCACUGGAUGGCAAUACUACGCGGGGAAGUGGGCCGACUAUGACUGCAAAGCAGAGGAUUUUGGUUAUGUCUGUCAAAAAGACAAGGGUCACUUUAGCCCUUCGGAGAUCCCUCCACCGGAAUACGAGUGUCCUAUGGGUUGGACCGGAAGUGAUAUGUAUUGUUAUAAACUCCUGGAAGGCCAGAUGACAUGGGAUGAAGCCUUGACGACCUGUGCUGGAGAUAGCGACCAUGGCAAGACAACCAACGCCACCCUGGCCUACAUACCAAACUAUAUAGAGCAGAAUGCCCUGAGUGAAGCACUACUGGAAUUAACCGGUUUAUACUGGAUUGGACUGCAUGGAACGGUUCACAAGGGAACACAGUAUGAAUGGGCUACUGGACAACCCGUAACUUAUACACAUUGGGACGAAGACCAGCCAGGAAAUGACCAGCAUCCGUGUAUAGCCAUGUCUGCUGGUACAACUCACACAGGGGGAUGGGACGACCAGGACUGUGGCAGUAAAUACUCGGCGAUAUGUCAGAAGCCCCGACGUACCGGGGUUGAUCCUGAGCUACCACCGACACCAUCACCUACAGGAUCGUGUCCUGAUGGCUGGAGUGCAUUUGGAAGCUACUGCUACCUGGUGGUUCGUGAGACGAAUGAGGCAAAUCGUAAAGACUUCAAUGGCGCUUACAACGACUGCUUCUCCAGAACCUUUUCCUGGGAUACAACCCUUGCUAGUUUCCAUAGUUACGAAGAGGAACAGUUUGUCGCAGGAUUGGUCGCAGACCUGAAACCAAGUGUUGAUCCUGUGGAGGAAUUCUGGAUAGGAAUGUCAUUAACAAGCACCGAUAAUUAUUAUUAUUGGGAUGAUGGCAGUCCAUUGCAGUAUGUCAAUUGGGGUGUUAACAUGCCUGAAGGAAGACCUGAUCUAUAUUAUAUUGGACUAGUAGCAUACCCAGCAUCUGAAGACUAUGGAUGGGACUUCAUUGGUGCAACCGCCCAGAGGAAUUGGGUCUGCAAGACACCCAAAGACACCUACAUGAUGACAACGCUUCCGAAUGUAUCACCCGGCCAGUCUGAGAAGUGCGGGGAGAACUGGCAGAACUGGGCAUACAAUGUUAACCUGGGCACCUGUUAUAGGUUCAUGGGACUUACGGAACAAGAAAGGGCCCUUUGGAUGGACGCUAAUGAUGCCUGCGGUGGGGAGAAAGCUCAACUGGUCUCCAUACACAGUCCAGAGGAGAAUAAAUUUGUACAGGAUAUGGUGAACAGGAAUUCCUUUGACGCUGUCUGGACCGGUUUGAAUAAUCAUUUCACAGGCAGAGGGGGUUUUGUGUGGUCGGAUGAUUCACCCGCUGACUACUUUAGUUGGGAUGAGCAUGAACCUGGAAAUGGCCUCAAAAUGUGUGUCGAAAUGGACGCUACAACGGGUGGCUGGAGGCUUGGUGAAUGCGACACCCAGAUGGCGUACGUCUGCAAGCGAACCCCAGACCCGCAUAGCUACACUCCUGCUCCAACCAAGCAAGCCGAUGGAUUCUGCCCAAAGAACUGGUUCACGUGGGGAAACAAGUGCCUACAGUUUCUAGAUAGCUGGAACACGUGGACCGACCACAGGAAUUCGUGCCAGACCCUCGGUGGAGACCUGGCCAGUAUUCGAGAUUCUACAGAGCAAGCUUACAUCGUGACCUUGUUGGAGAGCGUUCCUGACCCCGUCUGGAUCGGGCUGAAUGACCGUGACAGUGAGGGUCGCUUCACCUGGGCUGACGGUACUCAGGUCCUCUACACAAACUGGGACACAAAUGAACCCAACGAUAAUGGCGAUGGUGAGGAUUGUAUCGUCAUGUUUGGAUAUAACAGUGGAAAUGAUCCAGGAGCAUGGAACGACGCUGAGUGUACUCAGAAAUACAGAGCACUCUGCCAGAUACCUAGAGAUUCACAAGGGACCCCUCCUGCUCCUACUCUCUCGCUGUGUGGCUCCUACCAUCACUAUGGCAACGCUUGCUACAAACUCUACAAUGGAUCGUAUACGAGGGAACAAGCUAAGACGAUGUGUGAGUCUGAUGAUUUGGGUUCCACCCUCGCAUCCAUAAACUCCAUCUACGAGGACCGUGAAAUCGGCUUGAUGAUGAGUAAUGCUGGCAUCGAUUCACCCAUGUACAUUGGACUGACCCAGACUAAUAACUCUACGUACGGCUGGGAUGACACGUGGCCCGUGGUCUACACCGGCUGGGCAUCGGGACAGCCUUCCCUUAAUCCGGAAGAGAAGUGUGUGGUAGUCAAUGCUGGGGUCAGUAACAGUGGUUCGUGGGAUGAUGUCUCAUGCACUAGCACAUAUGGCGCCUUAUGCAAGUUUACUCAAGGUGGUAUACCACCCCAGCAGCCUACACUCACACCCGAAGAUUGCCCCGGCAGUGACUGGUCUGUCCAUGGAAGUGCAUGCUACAAAGCCUAUCUUGAAGAGGAGUUUAUCGUACCUUGGUCUGCUGCCCUCUAUGUCUGUCAGGAAGACCGAUCCAGCCUAGUUAGCAUCCAUAGUGAUAGGGAGAGGGAUUUCGUUAUCUCUCUUACUCAGGGUGAUUACUACAGUGUGUGGAUCGGGUUGAACAACAUCAAUAACUUUGGUUUUAGUUGGGCAGAUGAGAGCCCCUAUGAGUAUGUUUCAUGGGGCCCUGGAGAACCCAGCGGGACCAACGGGGACGAACAGGACGAAGAGUGUACCCAGAUGUACACCAGUGGUGGGCACGUGGGGCAGUGGAACGACCUCUACUGUCUAGAGAAGUGGCCUUUCGUCUGCAAGUACACCACAGGAAGUCCUAUAUACCAAACAACACCACCCAAUGAAGUAGAGCCGAAAGGGAAGUCCAUGAACGUCGGCGCUAUCGUGGGCAUAACAGUCGGAAUUGCAGCCUUCAUCGUGAUCGUUGCCGCACUCAUCGUCAUGUUACGACGUCAGAAGAGAAUGGUGACCUAUUUCCGAUCGGUGGCCGGCCUGGAGGUCGCACCCGAGCAACUGUUCAAUGAUGAUAAUGAUCGCGGUGGUCGAACGGACUCGUUUGACGAUGCAAUGCUGAGUGUGAACAACUAAAACCACUCGAAAUUUAAAAAGUUUGUUGCUAGCGUACCCAACAUAAGCCCUAGCUGCCUGUUUCGUGUUAGCCUCCAGCUUUGCAAUGUUUGAUGUAUUGACCUUUAAUAUCGUCAAACAUAAAUGCCGUAUUUUGUCAAAAGAAAUGUGGAUUUCAAUAUAAUUCAAUGACAAUUCACAAAAUUGUAGCACUUGUAGUUUUUGAAGAAAGUAUAAAAGCUCAAUCAGUCCCAAUCAUUGUAGACUGAUACGUUGUGUUUGUUGUCUAAGCAAUAUUUGUAACGAUGUAUUUUCUUUAAACUUUCUGUUAUUGACAUGCAACAAACUUCAGUUACCAUAGCAACAAUCUACAUCUCUUCAUCAUGUUUUCUUGCUGACAAUACCAGUCGAGUUUAACAAAUAAAAUUUGAUAUAAUUCCACAUCUCUUAAAGAAUGUUAUUAAAACAUGUAACCAUGUAUAUCUUUUAUAUAUAUAAAGUUCUUGUCGUAUCUAAAAUUUAAACAAUGAUUGACAAUGAUCAAAGUUAAAUACAGGUAUUCACAACUUUCAUGCUUAUACAAUUUUAUUGUCCUAUAAUAGGCAUUUCUCUUUUAAAAUUGUAUUCAAAACGUGUAAACAUAUUGAUCAUGUGUAUCUUUUAUAUUACGAUACAAGUUGAAAACUAAUUGAUUCAUUAUCACAAUCAUUAUUUGGGUUAUAUAUUCGUUAAGAGAGAAAACUUUAUAGCAAUUCUUUCUAUGCCGAUCCGAGAUUUGUGUAUAUAUUUGUUCUAAAAAAGGGGAAGAAUCAUGUUUAGUCCAUCUACUCUCGUAGAAUUACAGUUAAUACAGUUCUAAGUUAAAAAAAAAACAUAUCGUACCGUUGCAAUUUCAUAAGAAUACCUUCAAAGCAAAGUUUCAUUUUGGCUAUCAACGGUAUAAAUGCAAUAGCUAUAAAUAUAUAUUUACCUCUUAUAUUUACGUUAUUUUCAAGUUAUAACAAAAAUAUAUAGACCCUAUUAAUUUGUUUUCUUUGUCAAUGCUGUCAAUACCAUCAUCAAUAUCUGCAAGUCCACUCAAUUUGAAUCAAUAACGGAUGUGUAAGGACGUCCUUUUACAAUACGCAUUUCAUAUAUAUCACUGAGUUUGCCUUUAUCCUAGAAUUUGAAGAUUUAGGAUAACAUUUGUCUUGAAUUCAAGGUACAUUAUGGUACACAUUAAGGUAAAGAGGUAAAUAAAUGGAUUCUUUUAUUCGUGUAGUAAUUGAAUGUUUG